AUUGGAUCCAGACCUGCAGUCGUGGAUCAAAUGUCUGUUAAGAUCUAUGUGAAGGCCCAGUUCGAGUAYGACCCCUCCAAAGAUGAACUUAUCCCCUGCAAGGAGGCCGGUAUCCAUUUCAGAGUGGGCGACAUCAUCCAGAUUAUCUCCAAAGAUGACCACAACUGGUGGCAGGGAAAGCUGGAGAACACUAAGAAUGGCACGGCAGGCCUCAUCCCCUCACCAGAGCUGCAGGAGUGGCGAGUGGCAUGCAUGGCCAUGGAGAAGACCAAGCAGGAGCAACAGGCCAGCUGCACCUGGUUUGGCAAGAAGAAGAAGCAGUACAAAGAUAAAUAUCUGGCAAAGCACAACGCAGUGUUUGAUCAACUAGAUCUGGUCACCUACGAGGAGGUGGUGAAGCUUCCUGCCUUCAGGAGGAAAACACUGGUUUUGUUAGGUGCUCAUGGAGUGGGCAGGAGACACAUCAAGAACACGCUCAUAACCAAACACCCUGACAGAUUCGCCUACCCCAUCCCUCACACAACCAGACCUCCAAAGAAGGACGAGGAGAACUGGAAGAACUACUACUUUGUUUCUCAUGAGCAGAUGAUGCAGGACAUCAGUAACAAUGAGUACCUGGAGUACGGCAGUCAUGAGGACGCCAUGUAUGGGACACGGUUGGAGACCAUAAGGAAGAUCCACCAGCAGGGUCUGGUUGCUAUACUCGAUGUAGAACCUCAGGCCCUGAAGGUCCUGCGGACAGCAGAGUUUGUCCCAUAUGUCAUUUUUAUUGCUGCGCCAACCAUCACACCAGGCAUCACCGAG